CGGAUUUGAAUAAAGAGUUACAUUUGCCUUACUAUUUCAUAAAUUUAGCCCUGACUCAGUUCCUACACUAUAAAUAGUUUCAAUUUCCGGCUUUUCCAAAACGCAUAAAAGACAACAAGUUUUGCCCAAACUCUUUUAUUAUUCAAACACCUUUUUUUAAAAUGGAAAAAAUUACACUCUACUACUUUCUUGUUGGCGACAAAGUCACUCGCGCUCGUGGUGAAAAUGUAAAGUUGUUACUUGAAGACGCAGGUUUAGAUAAUGAGUAUGUUCGUCUGAGUAGAGAUGAUAAUUGGUACGCCAAGAAGGCUCAGCUUAUCGAAGAAGGUUUCCUCUCUCCCACUCUCCCUUAUAUUGAGGUUGGAGGCAAAAAGUUCGGCAAGACUAUUCCAAUCAUGCAAUACAUCUCUGUGAAGUUGGAUAAUAAAUAUCAUGGUUCAAAUGCUGAAGAAGAUCAGUACUUGGCUUAUGUUGCUGAAAUUACCAACGAAUGGUUCGAGUGCCUGAAAAACGCCUUCUUUGGUACUGAAGAGAAAAAAGAGCAUCACAAAAAUGUUGUAACACCUGGCUAUGUUGAUUUGUUUGAAAAAUCCUAUGCCAAACAUAGCGGACCUUAUAUUCUUGGUGAAAAGAUCACCUACCCUGACUUUUUGAUCUAUCACCUUCUUGAUGAUGAUUUGGCUCUUAAUCGUUUGGAUGGUUCACCUAACCUUCAGAAAUUUGUUGAAGCUUUUGAACAACGUCCUAAUAUUAAGAAGUAUCUUGCUACCCUUCCUGCUUAUUCACCUAAAUAAUAAAAGUUCGUUUUUAAUAAUUAA